CAAUGGAGAGGCUGUUGAUGGAGCGGUUCAUUGAGGAGGAAAGCGUCCUUAUCACUGACCCUGCUGCACUUCUCAACAUGACCCAGUCUUGCAAUCGAGAGCACCUCGAUGAAGCCCUCAAAGACCGCUCAACUCUAACCCUCAUCGAGAAGUAUCACGCCUAUGAGGAGAAGGUGCUCAAGGGUCACCUGGGAAAGACAGCUGCCUUAUGGAUGUCAUUUAUUAACCACUGUCAUCUUGUCUUCAUGCUACUCCACUCCGUUAAGACCAACAACAUCCAGUUGUUUCACAAAUGCAAUGGAGAGAUGGCAAAUAUCUUCUUUGCAUUUGAUGGACACAACUACUCAAGAUAUCUGACUUGGCUGGAGGUCUAUCUGACAAACCUGGAGAACACACACCCAGGGGCCAAAGACCUGCUUUCUAAGGGUGCAAUUGCGGUGGCCCGCUCAAUGAUACCGGGGGCACUUAGUGCAGUCGACAAGACCAUGGAGGAAACGUUCAUGCGCUUUGCCAAAUCAUCAGGUGGCUUCACUGGACUAUACAGCCAGUUUGGGGCAUACCAGAGGUGGUGUCGAACAACCUCCACACGGGCACAGUUUUAUCAAAAGACCCUUGAGAUGGUGGACCUCAUCAAAGACCCAGACUGCCCAAGGGCGGGGAAACAUCGGGAGCUGGAGAAGGCAGAGGUCAAAAAGGGUGAGGAGGCCAUUCAGCGAACCAUCGAGACAAUUAGGAACUUUAGGAACCCCUUCACCAUCUCAGACAAGGACAGGCUCUACUCCCUGGCUUCUGGUGCUCCUGUCCUCAUGGAGGUCGAGAUGGACGUGCUACAAGCAGAAACUGUGGGCAAGGCUGCUAAAGCUGAGUUCAUCAAACGGCUACAGAGCAGAGAGCCAGCUAGCUUCUCUGACCCAAUCAAAAAGAAGAAGCUCAAGACCAUGGAAGCUUGUAACAAAAAGGUCACCCUCACAUCCUCACAGGGAAAGGUCAUCCAGUAUCAGGAGCAAAGCAAUCUUGCUUUCCUGCUCCUUGUCAAGUCACAACGUGCAGAGGACCCAUUGGACUUGGAGGAACUCAUGAAAUAUCCCCUAAUGCCUGUGCCCCCUAGCCUUGGGACACCAGAUGGGUUUUUCUCCAAGACUAAUAAAGUGGCUCUUCUGCACUACAUUCUGGAGGACACCACCCCAAAGGAUCUGCCAUACCCUAAGGAUGCCCUGUUCAUCCAGGAUGGCAUGGCUCUGCUCCAUGUCCUCACCAACCUUCCCCCAACAUGUGGGGAGAUAUGCCUACAAGUGCUUGAUCAGAUGGUGGCCAAAAAGCACUUUUUGUUCUCGACUGACAGUUACCAUCCAGGAUCUAUCAAAGCACAGGAGAGGUUGAGACGUGGCAGUUCAGAGAAGAUCAUUUUGGCUGGACCAGCAACCAGGAAGCCAUAUGACUUCAAGAUGUUUCUCACAAAUGAUGACAACAAAAAGCAACUCUGCCAGCUCCUGCUGCGAGUAUGGAGUGAUCAACAGGCAGCUUCAAGGCUGGAGAGAACAGAAAUGUCAGUGCUGAUCGUGGAAGGGAGAGCCCAUCAACUUCUCUCCUCAAACGGCAAGGUUGAGGUACGUGAGCUCCCCACAAUCUACAGCAACCAGGAAGAGACUGAUACAAGGGUGGUACUCUACCUUCAUCAUGCUGCUGCCCUUGGGUACAAGAAUGCUGUAGUCAGAACACCUGACACAGAUAUCUUUGUGAUUCUUCUUUACCACGCUCAUGCCAUCAGGCUGACUAUAUACCUGGAUACGGGGUCAGGGAAACAUAGACAACUUCUCAACCUCUCUGAGCUCGCAGAAUCCCUGGGAGAAGACUACUGUGCCACACUUCUUGGAUUCCAUGUGUUCAGCGGAGAAGACUGCACCAGUGCCUUCAAAGGGAAGGGGAAGGUGGGGCCCUUGAAAAAGCUGGAGAAGAACCCGAAGUUUCACAGGGCGUUCAGUCAACUCGGUGACAACUGGAAUGUCAAGCCUGAGGUGCUGAAGCAGUUGGAGCAAUUCACCUGUCUGAUAUAUGGAGAGAGUCGUGAGUCUUCAGUGGACGUAGUCCGUGCCAAGUUGCUGCGCAAAAUGGUAGGGCAGGACGAUAAACUCACUGCCAAGUCUAAGGUUGACCUGGCUCGCCUUCCUCCAUGCUAUGAUGCUCUGAAGCCGCACGUCCAACGUGUGAACCAUCGCGUCGCCCUGUACAAGCGAGCUGAUGAAUCAAUUUUAGAAAAACCAAACCCCUAUGAUGAGGAGCAGGGAUGGAUGAGGACUGAUGGAGUGUUGAGACCGGUGUGGUGCUGUGGUCCUGUCCUGCCAACCUCCCUGGUUGAUCUCCUGGACACGACAGAGCGUGAACAGGAAGACGAGGAGGAAGAGGAAGAGGAAUUUGACUCUGAUGAUAGCAUUGAAAACGAUGAUUGAGUAUUAAUCAGAUAGUGGAGAGCCAAACCUUGACUGCUUAUCUGGAAUGGGAAAGAGUAGUCACAUCAAUACUUAUAUUAUGAUGUUUGACCCUUGCUGUAGGCUAGUACAAAACAAAUAAAUAUUGGUUAAAUACACAACAUCUGUCUCGACACCUUAUUUGUUCACUUACUGUACUGCAAUAUUGGCGUCUCUUAA